AUGGAAGUACAAAGCCAGAGAAAAGAACAAGAUGUCAAGCGAGAAAUCGAAGUGGUACAACAUCCGCGCGAUAAAAUCAAAGCUUCAAGAAAAACUUACAAAGUAAUGUAUGAGAAACUACUUGAUCAGCUGCUUAGGACCCAACCAGGAAGAUUCCACUCACACUGCAACGGUCUACUUUGGGCUAUCGGUAACAAUGAGGACGGAGCUCCAAAGUACAGUGCAAAUCGGCUCAAGUCAAUCAUGGAUAAGUCACCAGACGUGGAUUACGACCAUAAUCUCCGAAAAGAAAUUGAAGCUGGCGCUGAACGGAACAAUAGUGAAGAUUUUGUUAUUGACCACAAUACCUUUGAUUAUUAUGCUAGGUACGAGGACGGCGACUUCAACGUGCUCUACAUCAGACGAACCGCCAAAGGAGGCGAACAACCAUUUCCCGAUUAUGACACACGCGACUAUUCCGACGACUCUGACGACAAUUUCUUCCAAUCAGAUGACGACAUCAGUGAAGACAGUGACAAGACCGUAUCAGUGCGAAUCGGAGAGCCAGAUGAAAGUGAGUCAAGCUGCAACUGUGGCAACAUAUUCCUCGAAGGCAAUGACACCGACAGUGAGUACUCAGACGAAAGCACGGACGACGACUGCGAAGAUGGGACAGACGAUGAUAUCAGUUGCGAGAGACUUGAAACGGCAGAGGCAGAUGCGGAUGCAACGGUUAAAGCGACUAAAGUCUACACGCACGCGCAGGAUAAAGUGCAGUUCCGGAGAACGCCGAACAACCCUCACGUGAUCGAUGAUGGCGGAUUCUGUCAAAUAUGCCAAGUGCAAGUGGGCCAACGAGCCAAGCACUGCCGUUCAUGCAACAAAUGCGUCCAAGACUUCGGGAUCACCUCCGCGGUCGGCGUCUUUGGCCAGCUCGACAGUGUCUACUCACCGCUUUAUGGCGCCUUGGCCAGAUCGGGCGAGAUCACACUAGCCGUGUUUAGCUUCUUGUUCGCUUUGAUCAGCUUGCCAGUGAUCUACGAAGUCGGGGACCUUCUUCACUAUCACUUCAAGUUGCGAAAACUCGGGUUGACCACAUUCCAGUUGAUCAAGCUUGGAAACGCCCGCAAAAACGAUGAUUCUUUCGAUUUUUCGAAGCAAGAAAAAUUCAAAUUGCGAAAAAUUGAAAAACUGUACAAAAAACUCGGACGGUGGUUCUUUUCUUUACAAGACUUUGUGUCUUCAGAGUAG